GAGCGAGAGAGCAGAGCAGAGUGCGCGCAGAAGAAACUCGAGAAAGCAUUUAAGAAGCGAGACCCCGCAGCAGAUCGAACGGAAGUUGUCACCCAGCUCCACCAACUUCUUCCAGGCCAGCCAGCUCAGCUCUCCCACACACACUCGCUGUCAGAUCCCGAGAAUGGCGGUCGCCGCUCAGCCGCUGCUGGCCUCCGCGCUCCUCGCGCUCCUCCUCGCCGCCGUCUCCGCUGCCGAUACUAAGAAUAACCCUGCCGAUGAGCUUGUGAGCUUGAUCAACUCCAACCGUACCGCCAGCAAGGCAUCAAAUCUUGCUGACAAUCAAGGUCUUGGAUGCAUUGCUCUGCAGUACAUAAAAGCAUAUAAGGGUCAGUGCGACCAGGUGGGUGGAAACAAGAAGCCUGUGGAUUCCAGUUUCAUUGACACAUUUGCCCCAAAUUGUGGUGUCCAAGCUGCAAGCCUUGCCAAGAUCACUGGGAGGCUCCUGGCGUGCCAGCCAAGCUACCCGCCUCCAGCGCAGGCCUUCGACAUGCUCAUUGCUGAUGAGAGGAGCCUCCAGGUACUGCAUAGCAAGAACCACACAGAGGUGGGGGCGGCUGUCACCGGCACUUCUGGCGGCGGUCCGUAUUUCUGGUGUGUCUUGUUCAGCAAUGGGAAGGCCAACUCGAGCUUCACGGUAGAAGGGGGAGUUCCCAAGACUGCACAUCCUGGAUGCUUCAGCGGCAACAAUGACGAGUGCAGUGGUGCCAUUUCGACCGGUGUGGGUGCAUGGACACUGGUGUCGGCCACUCUUUUUGCUCUGGCUGGCGCCUUUACUUUGUGAGCUUGUGCAGAGAUGCAUCGGCGCACCGUUCUUUUGCCAAUUUUCAGAUCUGGUAGAGCACACUAGUUGCAGUGUCUCUACUUUACCACAAUUCUUUUGCUCCUUUUUAGCAGGUGAUUUCUGUAAGGACUAAAAGGAUUAUGGUUUUCAACAUUUGUGACGAGUUUACCUGUGCAGGUUGUUAAUGCAUUUGGUGUAACCGUUGGAGUUU